GUUAAAAGCAGCUGCCCUCCUGCAUCGAGAACAUCCGGUUUUCUUACCAACUAUAAUAGACCUUAGUGCCAAUAAACAUGUCUCACACCGAGGACGAGGACGACACGUUUCCUGUAGAUGACUGUCUGUUCACGGAAACGUUUUCUCUGGAGUCCGUGUACACGCUGAUGGGAGAGGAGGUGAAGAUCAGACAGCUGUUCGGUGCGGACCUCGGCGUGGCUGCACCGGUCUGGGAGGCUGCGUUACACCUGUGCCGUUACUUGGAGGAUCAGUCUGUGGAGCUGAGGGGAAAGCGGCUUAUAGAGCUCGGAGCAGGCACCGGUGUGGUCGGUAUUGUGGCAGCUCGCUUGGGAGCAGAGGUGACUCUCACAGACCUUCCUUUGGCUCUUCCACAGCUUGAUGCUAAUGUCUCUGCUAACAAGCCUUCCAGCGGGUGGCCUUCUCUCCCUCCCACCGUCCUCCCUCUGUCCUGGGGUGAGGAUCACAUGAACUUCUCCUCUGACUGGGACCUGGUGCUCUGUGCUGAUAUCAUUUACCUGCCAGAGACAUACCUCCCGCUAGUGGAGACACUAGCUCACCUGUGUGGUAAAGGAGCUGCAGCGUAUCUCUCAUCCAAAAUGCGAGAUGAGCACGAAACGGCAGCUUUCUAUGAGAAGCAUCUACCAAGCAGAUUCAAUGUGGAGCUUGUGCACCGAGAUGACAAACAAAACAAUAAUAUCUACAGGGCGUCUUUAAGAACAGGCCAGUGACGACAGGAGGGACGGCCUACUGCUUUUUAUAAAUAAAUAAAAUUAUGAGUUUAUGUCUGUUAUUUAAAUUAUUUUGAGUUUCACAUCCCACUAACUGUAGAACCUAUAAAAGCUAAAGCUAUUUUAAAUGAAUUUAAAUGUAAUCAUAUUAUUUUUAUUUAUCUCUAAACAGUUACACAUGUCAUUUGUCUUUAAU